GAGCCCUGGUUCUCCGCCCUCAGGUCUUCCCCCAGCCUGCCUCUGGGAGCUGGGACCCCAGAGGGGCCCACCAUGGUGCUCCUGGGACCCCUGGCUGUCACCCUGUUGCCACCCAGCCUCACACUGCUGGUGUUCCACCUCUCCAGCUCCCAGGAUGUCACCAGUGAUCCCAGCAGCGAGCAGCAGCUGUGCACCCUAAGGGAACACCCCACCGUGGCCUUUGCAGACCUGAAGCCCUGGGUCUCUAACUUCACCUACCCUGGAGCCCGAGAUUUCUCCCAGCUCGCUCUGGAUCCCUCCAGGAACCAGCUCAUUGUUGGAGCCAGGAACUACCUCUUCAGACUCAGCCUUGCCAAUGUCUCCCUCCUUCAGGCCACAGAGUGGGCCUCCAACGAGGACACGCGCCGCUCCUGCCAAAGCAAAGGGAAGACUGAGGAGGAAUGUCAGAACUACGUGCGAGUCCUGAUUGUCGCUGGCCGGAAAGUGUUCAUGUGUGGGACCAAUGCCUUUUCCCCAGUGUGCUCCAGCAGACAGGUGGGGAACCUCAGCCGGACUAUGGAGAAGAUCAAUGGCGUGGCCCGCUGCCCCUACGACCCUCGCCACAACUCCACCGCUGUCAUCUCCUCCCAGGGGGAGCUCUACGCGGCCACAGUCAUCGACUUCUCGGGUCGGGACCCUGCCAUCUACCGAAGCCUGGGCAGUGGGCCGCCCCUUCGCACUGCCCAGUAUAACUCCAAGUGGCUCAAUGAACCAAACUUUGUGGCAGCCUAUGAUAUUGGGCUGUUUGCCUACUUCUUCCUGCGCGAGAACGCGGUGGAGCAUGACUGCGGGCGCACCGUGUACUCUCGGGUGGCCCGCGUGUGCAAGAACGACGUGGGGGGCCGCUUCCUGCUGGAGGACACGUGGACCACGUUCAUGAAGGCCCGGCUCAACUGCUCCCGCCCGGGCGAGGUCCCCUUCUACUACAACGAGCUGCAGAGUGCCUUCCACCUGCCCGAGCAGGACCUCAUCUAUGGGGUCUUCACCACCAACAUAAAUAGCAUCGCUGCUUCUGCUGUGUGCGCCUUCAACCUCAGUGCCAUCUCCCAAGCUUUCAAUGGCCCAUUUCGCUACCAGGAGAACCCCAGGGCUGCCUGGCUCCCCAUCGCCAACCCCAUCCCCAAUUUCCAGUGCGGCACCCUGUCGGAGGUGGGCCCCAACGAGAACCUGACGGAGCGCAGCCUGCAGGACGCCCAGCGCCUGUUCCUGAUGAGCGAGGCCGUGCAGCCCGUGACGCCCGAGCCCUGCGUCACCCAGGACAGUGUGCGCUUCUCACACCUCGUGGUGGACCUUGUGCAGGCGAAGGACACACUCUACCAUGUGCUUUACAUCGGCACUGAGUCGGGCACCAUCCUGAAGGCACUGUCCACCACUAGCCGCAGCCUCCGCGGCUGCUACCUGGAGGAGCUGCAGGUGCUGCCCCCCGGGCGCCGCGAGCCCCUGCGCAGCCUGCGCAUCCUGCACAGCGCCCGCGCGCUCUUCGUGGGGCUGAGCGACGGGGUGCUGCGCGUCCCGCUGGAGAGGUGCGCCUCCUACCGCAACCAGAGGGCAUGCCUGGGAGCACGGGAUCCAUACUGCGGCUGGGACGGGAAGCAGCAACGUUGCAGCACGCUGGAGGACAGCUCCAACAUGAGCCUCUGGACGCAGAACAUCACAGCGUGUCCUGUGCGGAAUGUGACUCGGGAUGGGGGCUUUGGCCCGUGGUCACCAUGGCAACCAUGUGAGCACUUAGAUGGGGACAACUCAGGGUCUUGCUUAUGUCGGGCUCGAGCCUGUGACACCCCCCAACCCCGCUGUGGGGGCCAAGACUGUGUGGGGCCAGCCAUCCACAUCGCCAACUGCUCCAGGAAUGGGGCGUGGACCGCGUGGUCGUCGUGGGCCCUGUGCAGCACGACCUGUGGGAUAGGAUUCCAGGUCCGCCAGCGAACUUGCAGCAACCCCGCUCCCCGCCACGGGGGCCGCAUCUGCGUGGGCAAGAGCCGGGAGGAGCGGUUCUGUAACGAAAACACACCUUGCCCGGUACCCAUCUUCUGGGCAUCCUGGGGCUCCUGGAGCAAGUGUAGCAGCAACUGUGGGGGCGGCGUACAGUCCCGGCGUCGGGCCUGUGAGAACGGCGACUCCUGCCCGGGCUGCGCAGUGGUGAGGGCCUGGGCGGGCCCUGGGGCGCGGGCGGCCCUGGUGGAGGACCUCCUGCGCGCCGGGGGCACAGCCCAGCACGUGGGGAGCGGGGGCUGGGCCGCCUGGGGCCCCUGGUCGUCCUGCUCCCGGGACUGCGAGCUGGGCUUCCACUUCCGAAAGAGGACCUGCACGAACCCCGAGCCGCGCAACGGGGGCCUGCCCUGCGUGGGCGACGCCACUGAGUACCAGGACUGCAACCCCCAGGCUUGUCCAGUGCGGGGCGCCUGGUCCUGCUGGACCUCCUGGUCCCCGUGCUCAGCCUCCUGCGGCGGUGGCCACUAUCAACGCACACGUUCCUGCACCAGCCCUGCACCCUCCCCAGGCGAGGACAUCUGUCUGGGACUGCACACAGAGGAGGCACUGUGUGCCACGCAGGCCUGCCCAGAAGGCUGGUCACUGUGGUCUGAGUGGAGUGCAUGCACUGAGGACGGAGUCCAAGCCCGCAGCCGGCACUGUGAGGAUCUGGUCCCAGGGCCCAGCACCUGUGCUGGAAACAGCAGCCAGAGCCGCCCCUGCCCUUACAGCGAGAUACCUGUGAUCCUGCCUGCCUCCAGUGUGGAGGAGGCCACCGGCUGUGGAGGGUUCAGUCUCAUCCACCUGGUAGCCACUGGUGUUUCCUGCUUCCUGGGCUCUGGGCUGCUGACCCUGGCAGUGUACCUGUCCUACCAGCACUGCCAGCGCCAGUCCCAGGAGUCCACACUCGUCCAUCCUGCCACACCCAACCACCUGCACUACAAGGGUGGGGGCACCCCUAAGAAAGAGAAGUAUACACCCAUGGAGUUCAAGACCCUGAACAAGAAUAACUUGAUCCCUGAUGACAAAGCCAGCUUCUACCCAUUGCAGCAGACCAAUGUGUACACAACUACCUACUACCCCAGCCCACUGAACAAACACAGCUUCCGGCCCGAGGCCUCACCUGGACAACGGUGCUUCCCCAACAGCUGAUACCACUCUCCUGGGGACUUGGGCUCCUUGCCUUCCUAAGGCACAGAGCAAGUGGAGAUGGGACUGUGGAGCCAGUUUGGUUUUCUCCUGCACUAGGCCAAGAACUUGCUGCUGUGCCUUGUGGGAGUCCCAUCCGGCUUCAAAGAGCUCUGGCUGGCAGUGACCAUGGGAGAGAGGGCUGGCUUUGGGCUGGCACAUGGCUGCAGUUCCAGCUCAGCCCAGGUCUCUCAUGGCCUUCUUUUGACUCACCGUCAUGCUCACCUCCCCUGCCAUGUCUGGGUUGUGGACCUAUUGGGCAUGUGAAGAAUUGGAGAGUGGAGAUGGCAGGAGGGCAGGCUCUUAGGUUUGGGUUGGAAACGAUAGCUAUGUGGCCAUCACAGGCCAAGUCUGCCCCUCUCUGGCUGGCCCCAGAAAGGGCCUGGGCUACAACCUGAUUAUUUUUUAAAAGAAUUAACCCAAUGGCCCCAGAAGCUCUGGAUUUUUCUGCCCAGGGUUGGGCCACUGUGGUGCUGCCUAAGUGUGACAGAGGGACCACAGCCAGCACAGGUCGUCCACCUGUGCCUAGCGGUGUGUACUGUGCCCAGGGACAUACCUCUGGUCAGAGGCAGUGAGGGCUGAGGACUGAAGACUCAUCUUUGCUGAGAAGCCCUUUACUCUGGGCUAGCAUAGGCCUCAGCCUUGCCCUCUGAAUGCACAAAAGGUGGCCCAGGAGAGAAGGAGGCAGGAGCCCAGCCUCCAUGCCAUUAUGGAGACUGUCUUCUAGUUGCUGCUCUAAAGAGCUGUUGGCUGAGAGCCACUUGGGAGUUGCUGACCCCUCAUAUGUUCAGGAACACACACACACAAUCACAACCUGCUACAGCAACAAAAAGGAUGUUGGGCUGUGGCAUUAUUAUUAAAGAUGCUAUCCAGUCUCCAAAUGCAACUUUGUCUUCGUGCAUAUGCGUGUGGGCUCCUCUUGGCAUGGUCUAGUCAGAGAACCACACUGUGGUGACAGAUGGUCUUCUCAGGGUGGAAGAAAUGACCCAAGUAAAGUUUGACUUUAAUAGAGGAUAUCUUUCCAUUUGUGAGUACAAACACACGUCUUUUUUUGGAAAAGAGAUUAGGGACAGACAAAUCCAUAAGUGGGAACACAAGGUAUG